UAAUAAUGCGUGCGUAAAAAAAGGCGCGUUUACCGACACCCGGAUGGCUGGGCGGCGCGCGCAUCCAACCGAGCCAGCAGCAGCGGGGAUGGACGUGACGUGUUCGGCGAUGCCUUCACGCAUCGCAGACACUUCGCCGAAUCAAGACGAGCAGCAAAAGCCACGAUCUCCAGAUGUCCGGGAGGAAAACACCCCCACCCACGACGCAGUGACUCACGGCUCUAAAGUAGCCGAAUAAGCGGUCGCCGGUGCGGACGGGAGGAUUCCUGCGGGGGCUCGCUGCUACUUAAAGCCGAGCCAAGUGCGGCUUUUAUGGGCAAGGGAGGCGUUGAGCUGGAGCCGACACAAGCUGGCCGCAUGUGGAUAACAUAAAAGUACCUCACUCUUCCACUCCACAGCAAACCCACUCAAUUUACUCCAGAAACACUACUUUUGUUGACAAAAAAAAAAAAAAAAAAAGUACUUUUAAUUGAAGAUUGUCCGGCAGGAAGAUGCGUCAAAUGCACUUUGUCAUGUUCUCCGUUCUUCUUGUUAGCUUGGCCACAGGAUUUCCCAGCAGACACACAAAUGCUGCUCACAAGGGUCACGGCCACCCAGUCCAGAGCGUCGGGAUCCAGUAUGACGCCGGUGACUUGGAGAGUCAGAACCAGGUGCAAAGUAUGCCGGAGCCCCACAGCCAUCAGAGAAGGUGGCCCCACCCUCAGCACCGCUCCGUGGGCAUACUUCCUCAGCCCGAACCCGAGGAAGAAACCAAACCCUUCAUCCUGGAUUUGAAGAACUUUCCAGACCUGGCAAAUGCGGAUGUGAACUCUCAAAACCCCAACAUUCAGGUCACAAUUGAGGUUGUGGACGACCCUCAGAUGGAGGUGGAGAUGGACCUGGCCAAGGACAACGAGUGGAUACCAGUAUCUUCCUCUUCUUCCUCAGUGGAAUGGCUCGGAGGAAAGAAGCUUUUCUGGCCGCUUUUCUGGAGCUACACCGAUUCAAGUGAGGACAGCAGCAGCCGGUCGGCCAUGGAGGAAACCAGUGAAGAAGAGGAGGAAGAUUAUUUGCUAGAUUACGGCAGCGAGGAGUCCUUACUCAGCGGAGUGGGCGGAGAUUGGGACAGCCAAUGGAACGAAGGCUGGGAUCCAAUACAGACCUACUAUGAGAAGGACACCGACGAGUGGACUCCGUGGUCGCCCUGUUCGGUCACAUGCGGACCCGGCGAGAAGAAGAGGACUAAGUCGUGCGGCUACUCCUGCACGCUGACCGAGGCCUCAAAGUGUGACCUGGAGCCUUGUCCGGGGGAAGUCAACACAGUGGCCGAGCCUUUGCCUUUCGACAUGGAGAAUGGCACCGAGCCUUUUGGAACAGAUGUGGACAGCUGCGAAAAGUGGCUCAACUGUAAGAGCGACUUCCUACAGCGAUACCUCCACCUGGCGUUCUUGGAGCUGCCCAACUGCCCUUGCUCCUUCCCCUCCGAGGUGGCGUACACCGUGGUCAGCCUCUACGAUGACGCCCACCACCGCGCCUUCCGAUGGCGGGACGCCAGCAGCCCCAAGGAGCGCCUGGACAUCUACAAGCCGUCGGCCCGCAGCUGCGUCCGCUCGGCGCUCUCCGGCGACUCGUCGACGCUCGCCGCGCAGCACUGUUGCUACGACGAACGCGGCCGGCUCAUCACGCGGGGGAAAGGCGCCGGCAUGCCCGACCUCAUCAGCACCGAGUUCUCGCCCGAGCUGCACUUCAAGGUGGACGUGCUCCCCUGGAUCCUGUGCAAGGGGGACUGGAGCCGCUUCCACGCCGUGAGGCCGCCCAAUAACGGCCUGAGCUGUCCCCAGAACCCCCAUGAAGACGUGUUCAUGAACGAACUGGAGGAGGCCCGGGAGUACUGACCAGGCCCUCCGUAGGAACCAUGUACUGUUUGUCUAAAGCAUGCGGCAGCCAUUUAUCACGCGUUACCAAGAGAAAACCUUCCCAACGUCCUCGCAGCAGCCUCAACUGAAGGAACUGAACGGCACGAAAAAACAUCCGGGUUGGUCCAUCGCUUGGCAACCAGCUUCAGUUCUGUACCAUGGACUUGACACGAGGGGAUGCGGAGAUCCCAGCUGGUCACGACGACGACAACGCUGCUACACCGAAACAUCGUUCAGGUGAAAAACACCCCUCCACAUUUGACCUAACUCACAAUAACGUGUUCGGUUUCGAACGACGUCAGGUCCAGAACGAUAAGCUAAAGGCUGUGCUGGAACAGCUUCCAGGCAGUGACGGUGUUUGAUUCCAGAUCCGUUUCCGCAUUCGGAGAAAACAUGACGUGGGUGCCAAAGAGUCGAGAAUCAGUGUUGGUGCCUGUGUACAUUCUGCCUCCUUAAAGGGGAAUGUUGCCUCUCAUUCACAAUCCUUCGGUGAGUCAAGAACACUUUCUUUUUUCUCGGCCUUCUAAAUAGUUAACAUCUGCUAGCAAGAGGCAGCUAACAAUGCAGGCACUGGGGAGUCAUCUGAAAAGAAAGUAAAAAAAACUUAAACAGCACUCCAUUCACAUUUUGUUACCUGCAAAUUAACCAAGCGACGUUGUUAUUGAAGGAGCUAACGCAGAGGAACUACUUGUUUGGUGUUUUAUAACACAGCACCUUGCUCAGAGGUAAGCUAGCCGACGAGCUGCUGCUGUUAGCUAGAUAAUGCACCUCUAUAGUAGAAGAUUGUAGCCAUAAACCCAAAAAGAACUUUGAAAUUCCUCACAUUGCCAACUAAAAUGCUGACUAAAACCAUAGUGGUGUGAAUGUUUGGGCACCCAACAGUUCGAUCCGAUUCUGAUUCCUGAGGUGACCAUUCAAUUUACAAUCGAGUUUCGAUUCAAAUAGAUUUUUGCAAGGUGUUAUUUGGUAUAAAAAAAAAAUAAUGAGACUUUUUCAAAACAGGCUACAGGUUAGAAAAGCUCCUUCUGGUUUAAAAAGAUUGGCCUAAAAACGUCUUUUUAAAAAUGUAUUGUUAUUAAAAAAAUUUUUUAUCAUAUAUAUGUAUUAUUUUUUUAUAGAGUUUUAAAAAUGAUGAAUUGAUUUAUAAUCAGAUGAAUAAGAAUUGUGAUUCAGAUGUAAAUCCAUUUUUUUGUGCACCCUUACUAAAUCGGUGGAUAUUGGCUCUCAACGACUAAGCAAGAUGCUAAUUUGCUCUCAGCAUUUCUCAAGUCCUGUGCUGAAAGAUACAGCCAUCCCGGUGAGAGCGGUCAUUGCAAGUGUUGUAUUCUAUUGUCGAUUAAAUCUAUAGCAGUAGAGCUAACUGUUAACGCGAGGACAAUGGUUUAGUGUUUGUCUAACGCUGAAUGUGAAUGUGAAUGUGCUUCUAAAACUUGUAGCUCAAAAAGACAAAGUUCUGAUCAUCAUUUGUUCCAAAAGCAGUCAAAUACAGGAAGUGCUAUCUAUGUUGUUGUUGACGGAAGUAGUGUUAGUUGCUAGGCGCAGCACUGAGAGCGGACUCAGCCAAGCUAUCUCUAGAUAAUGUUGCAAUGUACGAUGCCAACAAAGGAACAUACUCAAAAAAAUGCUCCAACGUAAGUUAAGUAAGGCUCCAUUUUACAAAAAAUGCGCAAGUUUGAUGCUAGUGUAAAUUGGCUUUGCUAUUGACAUGCUACUAAUUAGCAUUAGCGAUUUUAACUUUUUAAUUUCCACACCUCCAAAUUUGUUAAUAAAAACCACAACUAAGAUGCAUUUUACAAUCAAACAGUUGGAGCGUAAUAAGUACAAUAUUUACAGUAUUAACACUUUGUAGGGCGCAGCAACAGACAGCAAAGAUUAAAAUGACCAACGCAUAAAUUGUACACUACUGCCAUCUAAUGUCUUGGACCUGCAACUUUGAAUGUGAUAAUAAAACAGGAUAUAACAACUGCUUGUCAUAAUCAGCUCAUUUUUAAAUGUUACAAUAAAAAUAAAAAAAUAUUAUUAAAAACAAUAUUUACUAACACACAUAAAAGUACAGAAAAUCACUACAGUUGAUUACCGGUAUCAAUGUUGGUACCUUAUCGGUUCAAAGCGGUCCCUAUCCCUACUGUACAUUCAAACUUCCAGCAUGUUUAUAAAAACUUGUUGGAGGUUUUUCGGGUUUCUGCGGGUCAUUAAAAAACAUUAAAAUUUAUGUCCUGAGGCAUUAAAAUAAGGUCAUACAAUUACAAUUGGCAAGAAAAAAGACAACAAAAAAAACCACCUGACCCAGUUUUUUCAAUUCGGGAAAAAACUGCACUUUAUGAUGUUCAAUAUUUAUUUAAGUGCAAUUUUUGCUGACAAAUAUUGAGAGUUCAUUUUAGUUCGGUGUAUGUUUAAUUUUUUAAGACAAUUUCACCUUCCAAUUACAAUUGUACAAAAUACUACAGUAAUGAAAAAUAUGUUUAUUGCGUUUAAAAGGGUUACUUGCUUUAUUAUUAUUGUAUAUUAUGAUUACAAUAUUGCUUAAGUUUGUGUAAACUUUUUAACUGCUUACAAUGUUGUCGACACAGACAACUGUACGCUUUUGACUAUAAGUAUUUACGAUCUGUAGUAAAACAUGGGCAUUUAAAUUGUUUUAAGUUGCAAAAAAAACAACAUUAAAUUAGAUUUGCUGAUACCUUCAUAAACCCUGGUUUUGUUGUUAGCCCUCUCUUGCUAGCAGUUUUUCCCUAUUUAGAACACAGGAAAGAGAAAGACGUGUGUUCUUGUCUUACGUAAGGAUUUUGGAUGAUGGGCAAAAAUAAUAAAAUAAUGUUAAAAAGUGCAUUUUUCCUUAAAGUCCUCAGGGUGCAAACAUAGUAUAUAAAGGUUCUAUGGUCUUAACAGAGGUGGUCCUCGGGUCGUACGAAUGGGUUACGUUUCAAGUCUUAUCGGACAUAAACCCUUCUCUCGUUUUACGUUUUAACAUUUCAAAUACAUUUUUAGCUUUAAGGAUCAAUAAAAGGCUCACUGGGAUACAGCCUUGACUCUGCACUAGCAACCUUAUAUUGUCACAUUUUUGAGGAACAGAUCCUUGAAAAAGUAAAGGCUACUAAGGGUGUCAAAAAAAUCGAUUUUCAGAUUAAUCGCGAUUCUUAUUUGUAAUGAUUUAAUUGAUUCAAACAAUUAUAUCAGAGCUAUUUAUUUUAUGAAGGUACAUUACUGAAAAAGUAUUGAUUUUGAAUGGGGAAUCGAUUCUGAAUUGAAUUGUUACCCCAAGAAUCGAAUCGUGUGGGGCCGAAAGAUUCACAGCCCUAAAGACUACCGUCCUUAUCCUUGAUGAUAGUCUCGACAGUUGAUAUCAAAGAGCUCUUUAUGACAUAAUCACUUCAAUGCCAAUGGCUUUCCUUUCUUUUGGCACACUGUCUCCCAACUGUGAGGACCUGCCUCACAGUUGGGAGACAAUACCUAAUAAAACUUUAAACUCAUGCUAUUAAUCACCAAACAUCAGUUACCUGAAAGGCGGCAGUGAUCUUGCGGGUAAAUUCCCCGCGGCUAAAACUCCAAAAAUGUAAAAUUAAAGUUAAAGUACCAAUGAUUAUCACACACACACUAGGUGUGGUGAAAUGUGUCCUCUGCAUUUGACCCAUCCCCUUGUUCACCCCCUGGGAGGUGAGGGGAGCAGUGGGCAGCAGCGGUGCCGGGCCCGGGAAUCAUUUUUGGUGAUUUAACCCCCAAUUCCAACCCUUAAUGCUGAGUGCCAAGCAGGGAGGUAAAUCGUGCAAAGGUUGGUUUAUGCCAGCAAUUAGAUUGACAAGGGGAAAUUAAUUUAUGAUAAAUGCUCAUAACAUGCAACGCAACGUAUUUCAAGCCUUCUUCUGAUAUCAUUUUGAUGAUUAAGGCUCACAUCUUAUGAAAACCUCCAUUUGAAAAUUGCUGAAAAUUUGGAAUCUGAAAAAAACACAAGCUCAAAUAUCAAAUUAUAUGUUAGUCAAAGAAUUUGAAGUGUGAAUCGAAAUUGCAUUUAAACUGAAUAAAAAUGGGGUUUCACUCCGUUUAAAGUUCUAUGAUUAACCACAUUUCUCGAUUAAAUAGAUCAACAGCUCUGAUAAAUGUCAAUAUUACUUAAAAAAAAACUUGUUUUGUUUGAUACAAUUCAACCCAACUUUUACUAAAGUGGCUUAAAAAAAAUCUCAAUUAAUAAAAAAAAAUGUUGCC